AGAAGACAGCGUCUGCGUCGUGACGUCAUUGUUUUGAUGGGCUGGUUCUGCUGCAGACUGAAUGGACGUGGACAGAGCUGUUAUUGUUUCAAUAAUCAGGACAGAGCUGUUAUUGUUUCAAUAAUCAGGACAGAUCUGUUAUUGUUUGAAUAAUAAGCAGAUCAGUCACCAUGACAACCAAGCACGGACUGAUAACUGAUUCGUUCAAGGUGGUGAAGAAAGCGAGGAGAGGGGCGGGGCGAAAGAAGAGGUCUUCUCCUCCUCCACCACAGAAAGACAGCAUCGACUUGUGGCUCAAAGGUACCGGCUCUCAGCCCCUUGAACAGGCACUCAACCAUGGGCAGAGGCCACGCCAGAUUUCCUCCCUCUGGUUCUCCGAGUCUGAAACUGGAACAGUCCGAGAGGAGGAGCUGCAGAAGCACAAACAGUUUGAUCUGGACUGGAGAUUUGGGCCCUGCACAGGUAUCAGCAGGCUACAGAGAUGGGAGAGAGCGAAACUUCAUGGUCUGAACCCACCUGAGGAGAUCAGAGACCUGCUGUCACAAGCACACACUGACGCCGAGUACAACCAAAGCCUGUGGAGUGGAUAUCCUUUGUGAGGAAGAAACAGAAACAGAAAAGAGUGCAGACCCCAACAAAAGUCAAGAUCAUGCCACGCCAAAUCACAAAUGUGACAGAACAUCAUGACAGAACAUCCAGCUGUGUGUGUUUGUUAUCUUCUCCACACUUUGUUUUUAUCCAUCAUUUUAAUUAAAAAAACGACAACUAUCACAA